AGCCACACCUUUCACCACCCACGCAUCCUCAUUACUGUUCAGUGUUCACACCUCAACAAAUGGAGUGUUUCUUUAUCUUUGCAAUAGGGACGUUCUCACUCUGUUUCUUCUUACUUUGCAUACUAGGAAGGAGGAGGCCUAAAGAGCUAACCAUUGGUUUAUUCCACCCGUACGCUGACGCAGGAGGAGGCGGUGAACGAGUACUGUGGCACUCAGUAGCGGCCAUACUGAGGGAAUGGCCACUAGUGAGAAUAAUAAUAUACACAGGAGACCCCGUACUGAGCAAACCAUCUUAUAAGAUAAUAGAGAAAGCUGUCAAUAGGUUUGGUAUAAAUUUCCCUCAAGAGAGGGUAGAGUUUGUUCGUCUUAGACUAAGGACUUUGAUUGAAGCGACCACCUGGCCUCGAUUCACUCUAUUGGGGCAAUGCCUUGGGUCCCUGUUGCUAGGGGCAGAGGCGUUACUAAGGGCACGCCCCCACAUACUGUUUGAUACGAUGGGAUAUGCUUUUAUAUAUCCAUUGUUCCGGUUGAUGGCCGGUUGUCCAGUGAUAGCCUACGUCCAUUAUCCAAUUGUUAGUACGGACAUGUUAAAACUAGUCCGAUCUUCUAUAACCAACUUUAAUAAUAAUCAAUCAAUUAGUAGAUCAAAGACGCUGACUAAUAUUAAGAUACUUUAUUAUCGAGUUUUAGCUUAUUUAUACGGUGUUGUUGGACGUCGUGCUAACGUUACCAUGGUGAAUAGUACGUGGACGUAUGGACACAUAAGCAGCUUGUGGAGGAAAGAAGGUGUGGUCAUAGUUUACCCUCCUUGUGACGUUGAGACAUUUUCAAAUAUUAAAAGCAAAAAGGAGGAGGAGGAGGAGUUUCGUAUUGUGACAAUCGGACAAUAUCGACCGGAAAAAAACCAUCAGCAGCAACUUGAGAUAUUGCGUACUCUUUUAGACAAACCACGCCCACAAGACAAGAAACCUGUUCUGGUGAUGAUCGGAAGCUGUCGUGACGAAGGAGACCAUACCCGCGUGGAGUCACUGAGAAAGAAAGCAGUUGAAUUAGGAGUGAUUGAUAACGUUCAAUUAUUAGUUAAUGUCUCAUUUCAGAGACUGCUAACAGAAAUAGGUAGUGGAGAUGUAGCUAUUCAUACUAUGAUCAACGAACAUUUUGGGAUAUCACUAGUGGAGUGUAUUGCAGCUGGGUGCAUUAUGAUAGCCCACAGGUCAGGGGGUCCUAAACACGAUAUUGUUAUUGAGGGGGACAUUGGAUAUUUGGCAGAAUCCACUGAGGAAUUUACUGAGUACAUACUUGAUGUAAUGAGAUUGAGUGAUGAAGAGAAAGAGGGGAUGAGGAAGAGGGGGGUUACCCACGUCAAGGAACAAUUCUCCGUUUCAUGUUUUGAGUCCAACAUUGUAAAGCAUUUGGGACCAAUUGUUAGAUCAAUUAAUGUUAAUUAAGUUAAUUUAUUAAUUAAAUUAAUUGUUUCAUUAUUGAUAGGCUUUGUUGCUCGUAGCUACUUCCGAAAUGAUUCCUAAAAGUUAA